AGCCGGGUGCAACGAAUGUCUCUGUCGCGGAAAAGAAGAGAAGGAAAACAAGGAAACCUAGUAGCAGAACUGUUAGGGUAACACCACCUGUCCAAUGAGGACGGGUGCCACGUGUCCAAGGACAGGUGUACAGGUGCCACGUGUCUACAGCAAAGGUGGACGAGUGUCACGUGCAAGCAAAGGUGGAGGGGUGCCACGUGUCCAAGGAGUGCGGUGCACGGGUGCCUCGUGUCCGAGGAGAGGUAAACGGGUGCCACCUGUCGAACGGAAGAGGAAGGACUACAAGGUGCAAUCAGUGUCCGAGAGAGGAACAAAUGACGAGGAGGAGGAGGGAGGGCGGGAGGGGAAGGAGGAGAAGAGUAGAACCGACGAAGGUCGAGUUAGGGGACGUUUAGCAGAGGAGAGGAGAAGUAGAGAAGGUAGACGAAGAUCUGAUGGUCGUUGUAGCAACACAAUUCAAGGGCGCCAUCUUAUAGCAGAUGACAAAGGACGAGUUUGCGAAAGGCUGAUUGUUGAUGUGGCAUCAGGAUGCUGCCCUGAAAGUUCUGGCCCUCGAUUCCAGUGUUUAGGUUGCAACUUGACUUCACGAUGUUGCUCUGAAUACGAGAAUUGUGUGUCAUGCUGCGUCAACCCAGCACGGGUUUCUCCCGAAGCUGUGCUUCAAGUCAGACAAGCAAACCAGCCAAGUUCAGGACAAUACCGGAGCUUGUUCGAGUACUGUGUGGGACGCUGCCGACACAAUUCCAAGAGUGUGGUUCAUGAGAAUGCGUACAGCAGCGACCAACAUCAUUGUUUUUCGCUUCCUCAAACCGCAGUCUCUACAGUGACACAAUAUGUCGAGUCGCGUUCAUUCCACAUGGAUUUCAACCUCGUUGUAUCAUUUGCACUCGAUUAUAUAUUUAACUCGUUUCUGGAAAUCGGAAAUUCUGGUGCAGAUUACAGAAAUAUUUCGCCUGCAGGGGUCCAUGCGUCGGAAGCAUGGGUGGUGACCAACCCGCAGAAGUGGUUGCAACAGCGCCUCGGUAUAUGAAUCCAGGGGCAUGCUUAUAUAAUCUCAAGCCUGCACUCUUUUCGUGCUCUGGAAAGCAUCCUAGCACACGCCGACUUUGUCCAUGCGGGUAGAUUAUUGGGCUAGAGAUAAGGUGAACUUUUUUUCGAAACGAUUUCUGUACCUUUCCACUUUUUGCUUUUCAACUUGUUAGGUGUUUACAGAGAGAUGACUGUUGUGAUUAUGUUGAAGUCAUCAUCUCUACAUUGUCAACGAUGGUGGGAUCUGGAGAUUCCCAGUCAAAGGCUAGAAAUUAUUUUGUGAUUUCUGUCCGGAUGUAAAGGGUGUUAUGAAAUCAGUGUGAAGAAAGAGAGAGGGCAGCAACAGGGUCUCCCUGUUCUGUGUUGUGAUACAAGUUAUAAAAAUGAUUUUUCAUUUUUGUCUUGGUCUCCCUCGUGGUGAGACGAGUGUUAAGAAGAGAGAGGGCGGCAAGUCAGCGACGGCUGGUCUUGGUCUUUCUUCCUUGCUUCAAACUUUUUUUUUUUUUUUUUCAAUUUUAAACAGGGAUUUGUGUUGGUCCCGGCUCCAGUCUUCCGGCGGUCUUGAGAGCAUCAGUCUGUUUUCGCUCGUCCGGCGAGUUGGCAAAAUAGUAAAAUAAAAUAACAACC